UAUGGACACCGCAGCCGAAUGCCAGCCGUAAGGUCACCUUUUUAUCCCGCCAUCUUCAGAUUAUGGGCAAGACGGAAGCACCCUUCGCGAAUUCUGUAUUAAAUCAACAAACUCGAAACAUUUCUAUGAGUGAAUAACUUCCACACCUUAAAUUUAUCUCGUUAAGCACUAGCGCGGCCGACAUUUGUAAUCACAAAACGAAACAAAACCAAAAUAUUUUGCUGAGUAAGUACCCUAAUUUUUAUUGAAUUUCUCGUACUUUCUGGCCGAAAAGCAUCGUCAGCUUCGCGCUUCGCGCGGGGGUUCGAUUCGGAGCUCAUCUCGUAUUUUAUGUUACCAUUACGAAUACGCCAGUUAUACUCGCCCCCUUAAAAGCUUCUGCACAUUUGUACACUGUAUGUUAUUGUAUCUGCGGUAUCAGCCGCUGUGAAAAUCCAAGAAAAUAAUGAAGACCCCCCUCUUUGGAAAAUUAAGUGUGCUCACCUAGAUUUUGAAGAUUUUAGGCUCUGGCGACUUGGGCACCCUGUUGGUCCUCCACAAGCCCAGAACCAAGCACACCAUUCUCCUCCGAAUGCAGCUGGGGCGCCUCCACCUCCUUUCAUCUCAGCUAGGAGGAGAAUUAUGCGGCGUAUACCGAAAGCAGCACGCGCCUCCGUCGCGAUAGCCUUGACAAAGCUUAUGCGGAGCGCUGUGUCUACCAAUGAUUCCUCUUCAUGGUUGAAGCUGCUGUCCGCCUCCUCAGCUAUUCUCUCCCUUCCAGGCGCUAAUAAGAAAUCACGGAAAACCUCGAUUACCUCUUACAUCCGUGACCGGAUUGCCAGAUUCGAGAACGGCGAGCUCGAAAGCGAAGAACGAGAAGCCCCUGGCAAGCCUCGACACGCUACUCCCGAUGAAGAGAGUACCCGUCGCGUGGGUAUUCAAAUUGAUGACUUUAACGUCAGUGGAGCCGUACGCACCCUGUUUUCAUCCGACUCUAUAGUUGACGCGACCCCGAUUGUUAUUGAGUCCAUGAAGAGGCGAUGCCACGUGGCAGCGCAGGAGGCCUGGAUUACCUGCGCCCACAACAUUUGCUGGAUCUAAUAAGCGCAGGAACAGAUGACGCCGCGUCCGAUCUGUGUGAUACCCUGACGGACCUGCUCAAUCUUAUCCUGGCGGGACAAGUACCUCAGGAUAUUGUUCCGCUGCUCUGUGGCGUACAUCUCGUUGCUCUACGCAAAAAGGACGGAGGACUGCGCCCAGUUGCCGUUGGAAAUGUAUACAGUCGUAUUGUCGCCAAGGCGGUGGGUAUCCGAAUUCUACCAGUCACAUCGGAAAUUCUCCAACCACACCAACUUGGUUCCGGAGUAAAGAAGGGAGUCGAAGGAAUUACCCACGCCACCAGAAACUUUCUCCUUAAAUACAGCAAUGGGGUUAAAGCACUUCUUAAAAUUGAUUUCAAAAAAGGUUUUAACUGCGUCUCUCGAGAAGAAGUACUGCGGAUAGUUGCCGACGUCAUUCCGGAAUAUUACGCCUUUAUCAAAAUGUGUUACAGUUCAUACUCGUCGCUGUUUUUGGGAGAAACGGUUAUUUUCUCUCAGUCUGGCGUGCAGCAAGGAGAUCCUUUUGGGCCCGUGUUGUUUUGUCUGGUACUGCAGUUCAUCGUCGACAAACUGAACUCCUAUCUGAACGCGUGGUACAUGGAUGAUGGAACGCUAGGAGGAACUCCAUCGGAAGUAAUCCGUAACUUCCAGUUUUUGGUUUUCGAAGCUAAAAAGAUUGGCCUGGAAGUCAAUAUUGCAAAGUGCGAAUUGUUCUUGUGCGGGGGCACCGAAGCACAGCGUUCAUCGGCCGCUAACGAGUUCACUAGUUUAUUCCCCGGAAUAGCUAUAAUCACAGCGGAUAAACUGAAUUUGCUCGGGUCGCCCCUUCUACCAUCUGCCGUAAUCCCGAUGAUCAAUGAAAAGAUCAAGUAGCUGGGAUUUAUGUGCGGCCGCUUGCAGUUAAUCCCUAAACACCAAGCGCUUUUCCUGUUGAAGAACUGCCUGGGAAUUCCAAAAAUAGUGCACAUCUUGCGCACCUCUCUUGCAUGGAUGUUUCCACAGGAGUUGUACAGGCUGGACCAGGUCUUUCGCGAAGCAGUGGAAACCAUAACCAAUGUAAGGAUGGACCACCCAACAUGGCUCCAGGCCUCCCUUCCCGUCCGUUUCGGUGGUUUGGGGAUCAGACGCACAGAGAAGCUACCUCCCUCUGCCUACUUGGCAUCGGUUUCUUCGUUGCACCAACUGAUUUCCGGACUGUGCCCCACACUAGCGGCAACGGAUAUCACCACAGCUACCCGCUCUUGGAAGUUAGAGGCCAACACUGACGAUAUUCCGGGACAAGCUUUCCGACACGUCCGGAAAGCCUGGGACACUCCACUAACCCUGAAUGCAUUUUCAAGGCUGACUACACUACGGACUUCACAGGAAGAAAUCGCGCACCUUAAGGCGGUAUCAGUCCCGGAAUCUGGCGUGUGGAUUCAUGCAUUACUCGCCGUUUGCCUCGGUAACCUGCUGGAGGACAACGCUAUCCGCAUCAGUGUUGCGUUGCGUCUGGGAGCGCCGAUCGUUACCCCACACGUGUGCGUUUGUAGAGGGUUAGUCGACGAGCUAGGCCGGCAUGGACUUCGCUGUAAGCGGUCUGCCGGAAGACUACCACGACACGACGGAAUCAGCGCAGAAUUUGCCCGAGGUCUGAAGUCAGCAGGCUUUCCUUCUAGAAUGGAAGGUCUGUCCGUGAAAGAUCUGUCCGUGAAAGAUAAGAAAAGGCCGGAUGUGAUUACACUUAUACCGUGGACACGCGGAAAGCCGCUGGCCGUGGAUGUUACCUGCGUGGACACGCUGGCGGCCUCGUAUAUCGACCGCACCUCCGUGAACGCCGGCGCAGCAGCCGAACUCGCGUAAAGGAAGAAACUUUCGAAACACGCCUGGCUGCAACCAAGAUACGAUUUUGUUGCCGCUGCCUUCGAAAUUUACGGACCUUUGGGAGACGGAACAAAAAAGCUAGUGGAGAAGGUUGGAAACGGUAUAGCGACUUCCACUGGCCAGAAGCAAGCGAAAGCGUUUUUUAAGCAGCGAAUAUCUAUGCAAAUACAACGGGGAAACGCGAUUUGUGUAAUGGGUACGCUCCCCUAUCAGGAUAGCAUGGAGGAAGUUUUUCUGUUAUAAUAACGUUCUGUUUUGGUACUAAGUUUGUACUUGUACUACGAUACUUAUUAAAGGUCAUUCUAUUUGGCUACACAAUGUGUUUGGAACCUAAACCUAAAAACGCAACCUAAAAAAGUGUUUGGAAGUGCGCGUUUUUUUCUAGCUAUGUUG